UCAAAAUGAGUGAAUUUUCCAGAGCUUCAAUAUCCAUUCUUCUUCUUCCACUCUUUAUUCAAUUAGCAAACUCAAUUGAUUUUUCUUACACAGGAUUCAACAACCAAAACCUAACCCUAGGUGAUGGAGCAACAAUCCUCCCCACCGGAGCUCUCAAACUCACAAACGAAACCAAAAACAUAAUGGGUCAUGCCUUCUACCCUCGCCCUUUCCAAUUCAUCAUCUCCCCAACUAACAUAUCUUCCUUCAGUACCCACUUCAUCUUCGCCAUAGUUUCCCCAAUCCCAAACAACGGUGGCCAUGGCCUCGCCUUCACUCUCUCCCCUUCCACCACUUUCCCCGGCGCCCAACCCGACCAUUUCCUAGGAAUCUUAAACUCCACGAACAAUGGUCUCGAUUCGAAUCACAUCUUCGCCGUCGAAUUCGAUACCGUUAACGGCCACAACGAGGGACUCAACACGGACGGUAACCACGUCGGGAUCAACAUCAAUAGCAUGGACUCCAACGCGACCGAACCCGCGUCGUAUUACGUAAACGACACCGAGAAAAAGGAAGAAGUUAAUUUGGAAACAGGUGAUCCAAUCCAAGCGUGGAUUGAUUAUGACGGAUUCACGAAACUCUUAAACGUAACAAUAUCUCCAUUGAACAUUCCCAAACCGAUUCGACCGUUGAUAUCUCAGGUCAUGGAUUUACCCGCGAAGCUUCUCGAUAAGAUGUACGUUGGUUUUUCCGCUGCAACCGGGGAAAAAACAAGUUCACAUUACAUACUUGGAUGGAGCUUUAGCUCGGAAGGAAUGGCGGAUUCCAUCGAUGUUACGCAACUACCUCCGGUGCCGGAGGCUUCCAAACGACGACGACGGUCCUUUAGCCGUAUGGUUGUCGGGCUUGUUUGUUCUUUGAUCGGGUUGGUGAUUGUGUUAUGUUGGGUUUUGAUUUACCUUGCUGUGUAUAGAAGGAAAAAGGAGUAUUCUGAGAGGGUCGAGGAUUGGGAAUUGGAUUACCCACAUAGGAUUCAGUACAAAGAUCUUUAUAAGGCGACUCAAGGGUUUAAGGAGAGUGAGCUUAUAGGAAAUGGUGGAUUUGGAGCGGUUUAUAAGGGUGUUUUACCUAGUAAUGGGUCCGAGGUCGCGGUUAAGAGGUUGAUCAACAAUUCAAUUCAAGGUAUGAGGGAGUUUGCGGCGGAGAUCGAGAGCUUAGGCAGGUUAAGACAUAAGAAUUUGGUUAAUCUUCAAGGUUGGUGCAAGAAAAAAAAUGAAUUGUUACUAGUUUAUGAUUACGUCCCUAAAGGUGGUCUCGAUUCGCUACUACUAAGGCCGAGGGACGGCUCGAUAUUGAGUUGGGAUCAGCGUUUUCGUAUCAUUAAAGAUGUGGCCGCGGGAAUUUUAUAUUUACACGAGGAAUGGGAUAAGGUGGUGAUCCAUCGUGACGUGAAGUCGAGUAACGUGUUAGUUGAUUCCGAGAUGACCGCUCGAUUAGGGGAUUUUGGCCUUGCGAGAUUGUACGAUCACGGACAAAAUUCGCACAAUACGAAAGUGGUUGGGACAAUUGGGUACAUAGCCCCAGAAUUGGCUAAAACAGGGGAGUCGUCCACUAGGUCGGAUGUGUUUGCUUUCGGGGUUCUAUUAUUGGAGUUGAUUUGUGGACGGGGUUCGAUUGUGUAUGUUCCCGGUUUGGAUAGAAUGAUGCUACUCGAUUGGGUAAUCGAGUGGCUUAAAGUGAUUGAUAAUGAGAUAGUUGAUAUUGUUGAUCCUAGAUUGGAAGGAGUUUUUGUGGUUGAAGAGGUAGCGAUGGUUUUGCGAGUGGGACUUGUUUGUUCGCAUACUUUAGCGGAGUUAAGGCCUAGUAUGAGACAAGUGACUCGAUAUUUGGACGGAGAUGAGUCGAUGAUACCUGAGAUGGAUGAGAAAUUGGAUUCAGCAAUUUGUGGACAUACGAAUGGAUCUUUGUCGAGUUCGUUAGCGGGGACGAGUUCAAACAAGUUAUCUUCUUUUGGGGCUAUGACUUAUAGUUCACAAGAAAUGGGUAGAUAGAUUAACAAAUAAUUAGCUUGCAAUUUGGUAUAUAUUUCAUAUUUAAAAUGAUAACAGUAAAA